CUUGUCUCUCCUGAUUAAAAACCUUUUCUCAAACACCUGCACACACUCUUGCAGGUACUGGCACUCGCUUUCCAGGAGAUUUGCAGAAGCACCCUCGCUUCGUGUCGCUGAGUCGGUGGCAGAGACCACCACCCUCGUCCCGCCAGCCUCUCCCCGCCCUGGAAGAUGGUGAAGUACGGCCUUGACUACACGCGGUGCAGAUGGAUCCUACCCCUGCUCCUGGGCAUAGGCGUCAUCUUUGGUAUCAUUGCGCUGUCGGGCAGGGGCUGGCUGGAGUCGCAGACCUUGCCCUACAUACAUCAAGCAUCGUUAUGGCAGAGCUGCAGGAGGCCUGAGCAGGGUGGGGAAUGGAGCUGCGAGUCCCUCAUGGGUUACGCUUGGGGAAGAGCUGCUGCUGCCACAUACCUGGUCGGUUUUAUACUUCUAGUCAUCUGUUUUGCUCUGGCCAUCAUAGCAUUUGCCAUUGACACACUUCGGUUCAACUUCAUACGAGGGAUUGGAGGCUUGCUUUUUGUCGCUGCUAUGUUCUCCAUCAUGGGCCUGGUCAUUUAUCCAGUAAAGUUCUCGACUGAAAUUGAAAUGACAGGAAUCAAUAUGUUCAGCUGGGCCUACGGCUUUGGCUGGACCACAGCCAUCAUGGAAAUAUGUUUGGGAUUCUUCUUCUGCUGCCUUCCUAACUACGAAGAUCAGAUCUUGGGUAAUGUGAAGCCCACAUAUUUUUACUCUGCCCCGUAAGCAUGAGGAAAAAUGUAUACUUAUUCCAGAGAUAUCUGACAGACCAGCUACAUUUUCCAGAAUAUCAUCAUUGGAUGUCAGUAGAAAAGUCUGGAAACUUUUCAAAUGUGUGUAGAAAAACAGCACUGGCAUUCUGCAAUAAAGUUAUCUACUCUAAUUUGGACCUUCAUAUCUGAUGUGGGUUGGUUAGGUAAAGUCUAAACAUUAAAAAAACUUGUGUUUCCUCAUUCAUUCCCAUGAGUGGGGUGUAUGUGGGUUCCAUUGUAUCUGAAAUGCAUUAAUAUUUUUUUAUUAAAUUCAGAAAAGCUUUUUAAACUGCCAUUAAACAAAGCAACAUAUAUCAACUUCCUGAAGGAAAGCAGCUCAUAAAAAACUCAUUUUGUACGUAUCGUUUUUAACCUGAAGAUUUUGCACAUUUUUCAAGAAGCCAAAUACCUUUAUCCACUGACUGCCAAAGUAGUAAAUUAGUUAGCCAACUCUUCAUAGCUUUGCUUCCAUUUUUCAUUCAUUCAUUCAUUCAUUCAUUCAUUCAUUCAUUCAUUCAUUCAUUCACUUAAGCCAUAGGGACAGGGCAAGUAAAGGACAGGAGAAAGCCCUCUACUAAAGCCAGCAUCUUGACUUUUACCCACCCAUGUGGAAUGUCAGUAUUUAUUUCUGAAUAUUUGUAAGAGUAAGCAAUGACCAUCAGUAAACCCUUAAAAUUCCUGGCAUGCCAUUGCUGGGCCAGCACAGAGCAGGCAGAGGCAGAGGGGAUUUCAAGCCACCUCUGCAACCCAUAGAUCUGGUUUGAAGAGGCGCCUGGUAUGGCUUUCUUCACGACCCUCUUCCUCCCUUAUCUGCUGUAUCAAAACCUAUGGCUUUAAAAAGCUCUAUUACACUGGUCCAGCUCUUUUAUCCAGUGUAAAAGGGUCAGGAAGGAUUUAAGCAAAGGUGUGAUCCCCCUACAUAUUGGGAAUGGACCUGGAACAGUGUAAAUGUAGGUAUCAAACAUUUGUUAAAAGGCCCCUUUCUCAUUGGUUUGCUGUCCAUAAGUAUUUUAAAAGUGGAAAGUGUAUACUGUUGUACCUAAGUGUAAGAUGCGUAAAUGGCCCUUACCAUCUCAUACUUAGGCUCCCAUAGAGAAAAUCACAUCAUAAAAUACCCUCCAGUAUCUUAUACUCCACAGUGUCGUGACCGAGGAUAUACUGCAAACAAUGACACAUACUCAUAUGCUGUUUUCUGCCUUGUUAAUCCUAGAUGUAUAAAGUUCCAUUUUUUAUCUUAAGUGAAAAAAAAUGGAUACUUCUGCUAUGUGGAAAAAGAGUCUUAUCUAAAUCCUUAGCUACAGAGGAUUCUUAGCUUGUAACACAUUUGCAAUUUUCUAACUUCCUGUAGUUUAUGGAAAGCGCCCUGCCUAAUGUUCUUUACUGCAAAGAAUGAGAGGUAGAAAAAAUCUUUAGUAAAUUUUUGGGGUAGCUAAAAUUAAUAAAGACAGAGGACUCAACCUUUCUUUUUUUUUAAAAAAAAAAAAAAAAAAAAGAAAAUGCAAUUAACUCCAUUCACUUUUAUGUAUGGAGUGGCUUUUAACUUUGAUCAAUAAACAUGACAGGUGAAUCAUAUCAAUGGGGAGAGUAUAUGUGACAAGAAUAGUUAGACAGGAACUUGCAAAUACAUUAAGAUGUUUCCUAGUUAGACAGAAAUUAAAAAGAAAUAGAGUUGAGAAAGCAGUUUGCAUAAAAUGACUUGCAAUUUCUUAAGUAAUAUUAUCUGUUCAGGAAAAAGAAUUAUCAUAAAUAUUUUCAUUGUGCUUAUUACAGCUAAUAAAUUAUGGUGUCUGUGUUGUUUCAAAA